CAUCCUCACAAUUUUCCCCUCCUCAGGUCUCAAACUCAUCAUGGCACAAUCAACAUCUUCUUCCAUUCCCCAGCUCCCACUCGCCGGCCGAGUAGCCAUCGUCACCGGCGGCUCCCGCGGUAUCGGCCGCGGAAUUGCGACCCAUCUCCACUCCCUCGGCGCGAGAGUGACGAUCAACUACGCCUCCAACUCAACUCAAGCCGACCUCCUCGCAUCACACCUCAAUUCCACCUCUCCUGCCUCUGCCGUCGCCAUCAAAGCCGACAUCUCAGAUCCAGAUCAGGUCAAUCACCUGUUUGACCAAUCGGAGCAAUUCUUCGCCGCCAAGCCCCACAUCCUCGUCAACUGCGCCGGGAUCAUGGACCCCAAGUACCCGACCCUAUCCAACACAGCAGUGGAGGAUUGGGACGCAGCUUUCAGCAUCAACGCCAGGGGAGCGUUCCUCUGCUGCAGGGAGGCGGCGAAUCGAAUCGUCCGCGGCGGCGGAGGGCGGAUCGUGAUGGUGACGACGUCCGUCGUGGGGAUGCUGCCCCCGGGGUACGCCGCGUACGCAGCUUCGAAGGCGGCGGUGGAGACGAUGACGAGGAUCGUGGCGAAGGAACUGAAGGGGAGUGGCGUGACGGCGAAUUGUGUGGCGCCGGGGCCGGUGGCGACGGAGCUGUUUUUCGAGGGGAAGAGCGAGGAGGCGGUGAAGCGGAUUGCGGAGGCUUGUCCGUUUGGGAGGAUCGGGGAGGUUGGGGACGUGAGCAAGGUUGUGGGGUUUUUGGUUUCCGACGACGGGGAGUGGAUUAAUGGGCAGGUUGUGAGGGUUAAUGGCGGAUUCGUUGUCUAAACUGAUGACCGACGGGUAUUUUGAAUCGAGAAUAUGCCAGACGUUUGAAUGAGGUGAUAGUUAUGUUAAAUGGUAAUUUAAUUCUAGUUUUGCGUUUUUAAGUCCGUAGCUGUGAGGUUAAAACUUAAAAUAGUUAAUUUCAAAUUUAUAAGUGUGAAGACUGAAGAGCAUUCAUCGUGUGAUCAUCAUUAACUACCGGGAUUCAAACAUAUAUACAUAUACUAGCUUUUGCCCGACCCGUUGGUCGGAUGAAUUCAUUUAUUUGUCACUACUUUAUGAUAAUCACCUUAUUAGAGCUUUGAUCCUAUAACUUAAUGUUUUCUUUGUUUCACCUGCACAUGCGCACAAGUGGACCUUUCUAGAUCUGUUAGUCCUUCUGAGGUCAAGUUAAGAUCUGCUCUAGAAAGAUAAGUGGUAUUCCAAGUUUUAGAGAGAGCCUAACUUGCUUAAAUGCUCUUACCUGCUCCCUAGUUAUAUCCGAUGUGGAUCCGACAACCUUAUCAGGGCAUUAAAUGUCUUAUUUCCCC